GGUCCACUAUUAUUUUAUCAGCAGAUAUUUGAGCAACACAAGAGGUUUAAUUGUACCUCUCAUAGUACCCAAAGAAGCCAUUUCUUCCGUGACAUUACAUUCUUUAUCUACACCUCUAAAGCAAAUGGUAAGUUGAGCACUAUCUGUAGCAUCAGCAGUCCCAUCUAACACCACGGCAUAAUACUAGAAAUUAGAGUCCACAGGAGUCAGUAUUGAGGGUAGCCCUGUUUGAUAUCUUUAUUGAUGAUCUGGAUGAGGGGAUUGAGAGCACACUCAGUAAGUCUGUGGGUGACACCAAGUUGGGAGGAGGCGUUGAUCAGCUUGAGGGCAAGAAGGCCCUACAGAGGGAUCUGGAUAGGCUGGAUCACUGGACUGAGGCCAAUUGGAAGAUGUCCAACAAGACCAAGUGCCGGGUCCUGUACAUCAGUCACAACACCCCUAUGCAGCACCACAGGCCUGGGGCAAGCUGAGUGCAGGAAAACGAUCUGGUGGUGGAAGUUGACAGCCAGCUGAACGUGAGGCAGCCAGGUGGCCAAGAGGGCAAAUGGCAUCCUGACUUGCAGCCAGCAGGAGCACGGAGGUGAUCAUCCCCCUGUAGCCAGCUCCGGUGAGGCCGUGCCUCAAAUACUAUCUCGACCUCGAGGCCCUGGAAUGUGCCUGUGGAAGGGCAGCGGAACUGGUGGUGGGCCUGGAGCACAGUCGUGAGGAGAGGCAAGUGGGACUGUUCAGUCCGGAGGAGGCUCGGGGGAGCCCUCCUCAUUCCCUAUAACUCGCUGAAAGAAGGUUGUAGUGAGGUGGGGGUUGGCCUCUUCUCUCAGGUAACAGCAAUGGGAUGAGAGGGAACGGACUCAAGUUAUGCCAGGGGAGGUCCCCAUUGGAUACUGGGAAGAACAUCUUUGCACAAAGAGCGGUCGGGCACUGGCACAGGCUGCCUGUGGAGCUGGGGGAGUCACUGUCCCUGGAGGUGUUCAAGAACCAUGGGGAUGUUGCACUGAGGGGCUGCGGGCAGUGGGCAGCUGGUGGGGGGGGUGGACGAUGGGACUUGGUGGUCUUAGGGGUCUUUGCCCACCAUAAUGGUUCUGGGAUUCUAUGAAUCGAGCCAUUAAUUGUAACGAGAGGUAAUCAGCAGCAAACAACCAAAAAGUCAAGUCUCGAGAACAUGAUGGAAACACGUAAACGCUUGAUUGGGAUACUGAUGGAGCCACAGGCCUGGUAGCAUUCAGGUGGUGACAGGAGGGUGGUUGUGACGCCCAGUGCCUUCAGCAGCGCCAGCACGUUGGGUUACAGCAGGGCUGCAUCCGGCAACAAACUUUUCACUCUGUGCUGGCUGCAAGAGCUGCCGCUCUCCUGCUUGGGUGCCCCGGGCCACACCCUCACCCCCUGUGAGGCUUGAUGAUGUCACAGAGGGUGGCACGGAACGGCCAUUUUGACCCACAGGGUGUGGAGCAGAGCUAAGGCUGAGGGGCUCGGGCCGAACUCAGUCUGACCUGGUGAGGUUGGCACAGGAGCGUGUGGAGGAGAAAGCCCAGUGCUACUGGGACAGAGACUCUGCGAGUGCUCACCGUCGACGUGCACCACGUCCAUGGGGACAAAGAAGCCUGCUGGCUCAUGGGAGCCGGGUGAAAAAUGCGUGCUGUGCGCCCAGGGAGAGGUUGACCCAUGCAUCUAUGGGCGCAAAUGGAUCAUCAAGGGGGUCUAUUUCCAUGAGUUUUGUGUGGUAUUUUCUGGCGGCCUUCUUCAACAGGCAAGAACACAGGAGGGAAAAGAAAAUUUAAGCCUCCCUGACAUUAUACUUGCAAUCAAGCAGGCUGAGCAGACGCACUGCUUCGUCUGUGACAAGAGGGGAGCCUUCAUCACCUGCGCAGAGACAGGCUGUGAUCGCAGCUUCCAUCUCCCCUGUGCUUCAGAGGGUGAAUGUGUCACCCAGUACUUUGAAGAGUUCAGGUGCUUCUGCUGGGAGCACCGCCAGCAGCAGGCAGUGGGGGCAGUGCCAGCGCAGGACACGCCCUGCAUCAUCUGCAUGGACUCUGUGGGGGACAGCACUUCAUACAGCACCAUGGUGUGCCCAUCCUGCCAAUGCGCCUGGUUCCACCGGACCUGCAUCCAGAGACUGGCCCUGUAUGCAGGCAUUAUUUUGCACUGUCCCCACUGCAAAGAUGAAGAUGAAUUUUUUGAUGACAUGGCCGCCAUGGGGAUCCAUAUCCCACACAGAGGACCAAUGUGGGACAGCAACUUAUAUGCACAGAAGGGAGACAAGAGCAAGUGCUGCAGUGCCAGUGAGUGCCGUUACCCACACGGCAGGGAGCAGGCAGGAGAGGGGCCCUGGGAACUGCUCCUCUGCAGCUCCUGCGCUGUGCAAGGCACCCAUCGACGCUGUUCCAAUUUGAGACAGACCACAACCACGUGGGAGUGCAACACCUGUGCUGGAGAGGGCACCUCCUCCAGCUGCAAUGUGGACAGUGCUGGCCCCAGCACCACCAUCCAGCUGGGACUGGGGUCUUUCCAAAGCCCCACAGCGUCGGAGAGAAGAAGUAGCUGCAGUCUCACCAGCCAGGCAUCAUCAAGGCCAUCUCAAAGUUCCAAGGUGUCUGAGAGCAGCGUCCUGCCCAGCCAGCGCAGGACAGAAUGGAGGAGAAUCUGCUUGCGUUUACAUCGCAAUGAUGACGUGAGCGAUGAGCCCCAGGGAUGCUGCGGGAGUGUUGAGAGCAGUGCCUCGAACUCUGCCAGCCAGGGGACAUCACAGUCUUCAAGGCACUCCCCAGCAGUCGGUUACAGCCAUGGGAGCCGGCCUGGGCAGCGAGGACCAGCCCAGGAGCGAAGCCUCUCCCGGGUACCGCGUCGGGCCCGGAAUACCAACCACCAGCCCCACUGAUGCCACAGGAGCAGCCACGUGCAAGCUCCUGCCUGUUUCCACCAGGCCUGCAUCCAGGACCAGGUCAUGUGCACAGGGAUUUAUUGCUCCCAGUGCCCUCACUGCAGAGACAGAGACUGGUUCAUUCCAGACAUGCUCACUACGGGAAUCCAAAUUCACAUUCAGAAGACCAACAUGGGAGUACAAGAAUGCCUGUGCAUCCCUGGGAGUUAGGUACAGGAGCUGCGAUGCCAGUGAUUGCCGUUACCCACAUGGCAGUGAGAAGGAACAAGGAGAGGGCCUCCAGCACCAAUAUGGACAACACUGGCCGCAGCACUACCAUCCAGCACGGACUGGAGCCAUCCCAAGGCCCUGCAGGACUGGAGAACAGCAGCUCCAGCACCACCAGCCAGGCACCAUCGGGGCCAGAUCACAGUUCCAGGGUGCCUGAUAGCAGGUUCAGGCUACCAGGGUGGGCCCAGACUCGAAGCCGCUCUCCUCUCAAACAUCAGGCUGCAGAGUCCCAGAGCCAGCCCCAAAGACACCGUGGGUACCACGUCAGGCCCAGAAUACAAACCACUGGCCUCACUGAUGCUAUAGCAGUGGCCGUGUGCAACCCCACGUGUUGGCUACAGUCAUCAUGUCACCACAAUAAAUCUGAGAG